GGAAGCGGCGUCGCCGGUUGCUAAGAUGGCGGCUGGGCGGCGGCGCCCUGGAGCCGGGCGAGGGGCUUCGGCGGGCGCUUCUGAGGCGGCGGGGAGGGCUCGCUGGAGCCCCCCCGCUGGGCGCUGACGGGGAUCCCGCGAGCGAGACGAAGGGCGGAGAGCGAGGGCGAGAGACGGAGAGAGAAGCCAGAGAGCCGCUGGGUGUGAAGAUGGCGGCGGCGGAGGGCGGCUGAAGGUUCGGGGGCGCGUGGAUGGAGCCUGGCGGAGGCGCCAACGGCAACGUGAUCGGCGGCAACGGCAGCUUCUACUACUACUCCAGCUACGGGCGGGCGCCGGCGGCAGCGGGCGGGAGCCAGGCCGCCUCGGUGUGGGAGGCCGAAGGCGCCGCCGAGCCCGCUGCCCCCGGCGCGAGGAGGGGCGUCUCGGAAAGCGCCCUGCCGCGGGGCCUCGGCCGCCGGGCCCUGAGCGCCUUGGGCCCCUCCACGUAUCCUCCUCUCAGGGAUGGAGAGGCCGGGGCUCCUGUGGGGCAGGAGGCGAGAGGGCGGGAAAGAGGCGAUUGUUGAGGGAACAGGUGUGGCGCUCAGGCCAGGGAGGACAAAAUUUGGCGAGCCGGCCCCCUAAAUUGUUCUUAUUUUCACAAUAAUUCAUUUUGGUACCGUUGCCUCUCAGGGGUCUUCUCAAUAGGCUCGCUGAAACUUCACUGAAAUGCCAUAACAACAACAACAACAAUAAUAAUAGCCAUCUCCAGGUACAGGGUGGUAUAUAAAGGCAAUAAAUAAUAAAAUUAAAAAACAAGUUGGUUUAUUAUUAUAAUUAUUAUAACAAAAACAGAAGUUGAUUUUGUUGUUGUUGUUGUUAUCAUAAUCAUCAUCGGUGCUUUUUUCCAGAAAAAUAGAUGCCAGUACUCAACACCAUUAAGUUGUUACAGUAAGUACCACACUUUUUAACAAGAAGAAGAAGAAGAGAUGACGGUACUGUGUACCCUUGAGCACCCCGGGGGGGGGGGAGCACUGAAAUGGAAAAAAAAGCACCUUCAAGAAAUUCAAUGUGGGCUGGGUGUCUAGGGUUUUCGCUACAAUUUCUGUUAUCUUUAACGUCAUGAUCAGAAAUCUAAAGAUUCUCCUUGAAAGAGACUUAUCAAAAGAGCGUCACGAGUUGCUAAAGGAUCAAAGACUGUUUCGUAAUCGAGCACGAAAACAUUUUCUAGAAACAAAUAAAAGGAGGAGGUAUGUAAAUGUAAGGCAUGCUUGAUAUUUUAGUUGUAGUGGUAAAUAAUUGUUUGUGGGACAGAGUGGUUCAAGUUAUUUUGAAAGGGCAGUUGGUACAGCCCCUCAAGAAACCCUUUUGUGACAGCUACCUGCUUGGAGCAAGGUACUUGAGAGGGUCAUGGCAGAUGGGCUUCAGGUGUAUUUGGGGAGACAUACUAUUUAGACCCAUUUCAAUCAGGCUUCAGGUCCAUUUGGGGCAUUGGUUGGUUCUUUUCAUUGAUCAGCUGUGUCAGAAGAUAUACAGAUGGAGCAUAGUCUUGUUAGUCCUACUGAAUCAGCAGGUUUUGAUAGUUGGACCACAGUUUCCUCCUUCAUUGGCUCUGGUGGGCUGACAUAAGAGACACUGUGAAAUUCUUGAUUCUGCUUCUGGCUGAAAGACUGCUUCCAGGUAGAGGCAAAGGGGAGGCUUCAUCUUAGCCUGAUGGCAAUUAGGUUGUGGGAGCCUGCAGGGCUCUGUUCUGUCCCCCAUCUUGUUUAACAUAUACGUAAUGCUGCUGAGUGAGCUCAUCAGGCGAUAUGGAGCAUACAUAAGUAUGCUAAGGAUACUCACCUAGUGUCUCUUCCUACCAUCUUAAUCUGGAGAGGUUCUGCUGGUGUUAGAUCAAUGACUGGAGGCAGUAAUGGGCUUGAUAAGGGCCCAUAAACUGAAAGUGAAUCAUAACAAGUCAGAGGUCAGUAUUUACACCAUUUAAACUGUCUGCAGACAAACGUCAGCUCCCUUGGCCAGUAAAGCAAGAUGAGUGCCUCAACCCCAGAGUCGUUCGCAACUGGACUUAACUGUAAGGGUCCUUUACCUUUACCUUUAAUGUCCAGUAAUUGAAUAGAUGGCCUAUUCUGGCUGGGGUUACAUUUGUUCUGAGGAAACAGGUGCACAUUCUGGAGUUGCUGUAAAAUUAAUCUCUGUCACUGGAAGCCCAAGUGGCUUGGAGCUCUGAUACCAGCUAUGGUCAUUCCUGGACAGGGAUAGUGUGGCUACAGUGAUCACGCUCUGAUAACCUACGGAAAGAGCAAUGACAGAUUUGCCAGCAGAGCACCCAGUUCCGAAGAGUCUACAUUGCCUGCCUGUGUGCUGUUAAGUUAAUUUCAAGUGUUUAAUGUUGACUUGAAUGAAGUAGGAAGGAUCCAGUUACCACAGUGCCUCCCUCUGUAUCCCCCUACCCAGGCCUUACGAUCAGCUGAAGAAGCCCUGCUGCUUGUUUCAUUGCUGUGUGUGAUUCAUGCCUCUGUGACUUAGGAAAAGGCCUAUUUGAUGGUGGCUCCCUGGCUGUGGAAUGCUCUUUCACUUAAAAUUUGACUGGUGCCUAUAUUGAUUGAAUUUUGUUGAAAAGUAAAAACUACCUCUUUAGCCAGGCUUUUAAUGAGGUAGGAUAUGUUAGGCCACAGAUACAUGGAGGAAAAGUAGUAGUUGUAACAUUUAUGGAUUUUAUAUCAUUUGAAUGUUUUAUUGCUAUUUGUUUUAUUUGCUACUUGUUUUAUAAUUGCAAUACCCUGCCCUGGGAUCAUUUGGUUUGCUAGAGUAGAAUAAAAAUGAAGCAAAUGAAUAAAAUACGGUAAUGUUCAAAUGAUACUCUUUAAACUUAUAAUUUAUAAAAUGCUGCAGAUUAACUGAGGUCCUAAUCUAACUAUGCGUUUCCAGUGUGGCCAUGAAAAUCUAAGAAGUAGGAAACCAUGGCUUAAAGUUUAAAUUAAAUAUAAAUUUCUUUCAGGAUAGGCAGUGUGGCUAGAAUAAAGGUACUGUAAUCAUGCCUAACACUUAAAGUGGUGGCCUUCUGAGAUAAGUGCUAAACUAAAUCAUACCUGGAAGAUUGAGUAUCUUGUUUACUUCUUGUUACACUCCUCCUUUGCCCUGCUGCAGUCAAGAAAUGUUCAGAGUUCAUUAGUUUGCACAAUGUGAAAUAGUAUACAUUCAUGUAACAAUAGAUUCCUUGAGUCAGUGUCUGUGUUAUGAACUGCUGCUAGUAUUACUUUCUGACAUGAUACUCUUCUUAGUACAAGAGGCACUUGGUACAGAUUUCAACAAGCAGGAACUUGCAAUAAAUCACAGAUUUAGAGAGGGAGUUAAAGAAUAGGGGCAAUGCAGUGGACUUAUUUUUAUUAAUUAAAAUAGUUAUAUCCUGCCUUUCCUCAAGGGAGCUAAAGGUGGCUAACAACAAUAAAUUAAAAUGAUAAAUACACGAGAACAAUAACACCCCCAAAAACAGUAAUGAAUCCCACCCUGGGAGCACUUGAUUUAAUGAAAAAAGUUGUAGCUUAUCCUCAACACAGACCCUAUGUCCAAACAGUCACCAAGAAGCUGAAGAAUAGGGAGGCACAUUCUACCUGAUAGGAGGUUGAUGGAAAACUCGUCUCCACUUUGUUGGGAUUAUUUGUACAUAGAAUAAUUUAUAGUUUUCAGGUAUUAUAUUCUUUCACUGUUAGAAAUCAAGCUUCUAUGCCAAACAAAGAAGUAAAUCUCCCCUGGAUUCACAAAGCCCCGAAGGAACAGAAUAUACACUUUAAAGUAUAUAUGUUAUCCCUUGCUUGAUGUGCCAAGAAAUUGAAUAAAUCUUUCUAAGAGUACUUUUUAUUAUAACCGUAAAUCUUUAUACGUUUUGAAUGCAGCUUUUCACUCAUUAAUACAGACUUUUCUGCUAAAAAUCUGAAAGAUUAUUUGUUCUUUAUCCUGGGGGUGCCACAUAUGCUAGCAAUCAGAUCUAGUUAUUCCGUGGUAGCUUAUUACUUCAUUUCCCAGUGCUCAAAGGUGAGCUUGCAGAUACCAAGAGGGAAAUCAGUGAUUGUCAUGUCAGGGAAUGGGUAUUUAAGAGUGUGUGUGUGGAGACAGAGAUGGGGAGGCAAGGUCUGUGCAUUCAAACAUGCAAGUGGAGCCAAUCCACACUCUUCCUGGCACAUGCCAGGAGAGAGGUCAGGACAUGACAGAGUUUGAAACAUGCUUCUUAAUAUGAAUCACUGAUGUAUUCAGAAGGAUUUAAGCAAAAUGGUGCGAACCACUUACCAUGGUGAUUAUUUUUAUUGAAAGCAGUAGUUGUUUUUACACAGAGCACUUGAAGAAAAAUGGAAGGACGUUGAAGAAAAAGAACAAAAAUUCAGAGAACAAAUUUUGCUGCAGAGGAAACUGAAACAUCAGGAAGCAACUGAAAGGUUCCAGCGUGGUCAUAUUCCACUUUCACAACGGAAGAAAGUAGAAGGUUUGCAUAUUGCAAAUGCAGCUAUAGCUAUAAUUCUUGCAUUAUAAUGCGUGUUAGAAAUAGUUUUCAUUCCAGAUUAGUAUCUGUCAAAAAAACAAAUAUUGCAAUACCUAGGGGCCAUUCCAUAAGUGUAUAUUAAAUGAACAAAUUAUCUUUUCCUUUUAAAAAAUAGUUUAAAAAGUGAAAUAAUGUUAUCAAAAAAACCCCACCAUGCCCACAAUUAUGUUGAUCCUGCAGAAUGCGUUAUUGUAAGCUUAACUUAGCCAUCUGAAUAGCCAAAAAGAUCAGGAACAAUAUGUGCUAGACAAUGAGAAAUAUAUAUAAACAGGAGGAAGUGUAUAAUUUUCAUAAUACUGUUUUAGUGUGCUGACUGACCCUUGGAUUGUUGGGGUUUUGAGUAGUGGCCUCCUUACUGCUACUUCUGUUUAAUCCCAUGUAUGCUCUUGGUGAAGCCGAUGCAAUGCUUUUCAUACUGUGCCCACCAGCAAUGCGUGGUGUUGGGUAGCCAGGAAAACAAAGCAGCUGCAUCUUAUCAGCUCCUUCUGCCUACCAUUAUGCACUUGCCUAACCAGGUCUUGGUCUCUGCUCCAGCAGUGUAGCAACCCCCACCUGGGGCAGACCAAAGUUGUUGAGUUUGGUUUUUUUAGGAAAGUUGUUGAGCUUUCAGGGGAAAGGUGGCAGAAAGAAGUAAGAAGUGCUCUGGCCAUUUUUAGCUCUGGCCACAGCCUCUGCUUUCUGGUGGGGUUUUCCCAUAGAUCAUUGGAUGCAAAACAGCUGGCAAUCCCUGAUCUAGUAACACAGUUGUGAGCACAGAAAUAGGUUUCCAAAGGCAGAUCUACACUACUGACAGUGUAAAAGGCUGCUGUGCUUUGGGAGCACUGCAUCUGUGAUGCAAGUUUGGCUCUCUAGCCUAAGAUUAGCUGUGUCAAAACUGACAAUUUUGAUUGAGCUUUAAUUUUGGGAGGGUGCAGUGCCUCUUCAAUGUUAACUGCAGCAAAGAGCAGUAAUUUUAGGGGUGAAGAGACUGUGCAAUGUGGAAGACUUUGAAUCUUGUGAUAAUAUAACCACUGGCACAUGUAUUACAUAAUGCUGACUUUGAUUCCAUGAUUCAGCCUGCAAUCGAUUUCAUUUCAGUUUUUCUGCAUUUUUGUAUGUGAUUCUUUGCCUUGGAAACCUGGGUGUCCUUAGGUAGGGGUGUGUGUAGAAUGAUGCUGAGCCUUUACUGUUAGUGACCAGGAUUGCAAACUGUUUAAACUCAUUAAUUUCAAAUUACUUUAUGUAUCAUUGAAGUUGGUUUCAUACGUGAACAAACUUCAUACUUCAUUACUGGGCAGUCCUAUGAGAUGUAAUACAGUAAUUUUGUAUAUUUCAGGGGGUUUUUAGUAUUUAAAUACAGGAUCCCUAUUUCAAACUUGGUUUUGAUGACACAGCAUAACUGUUGUGAACAAUUCACAAACACACGUUUGGUUUUGCUCCAGUCUUUAUAAUUCUCAUGAAUUAUAAAGUACUCUCUCAGGGGCAUCUAACAGUUGUAAGCACAGACAGUCUGAUGUCUCAGUCAACUUUCCAAGGUUGAAACUAUGUGAUAUGGUAUUUCACUUAAAUAUUCUUCUCCACUCAGGAAGUCAUGAGUGCAUCACCUCCGAUUCUCAGUGGAUGUUUCCUAUCCACUGAUCAAAUGAAAGACAAAAAAACAGCAUUGGUAACUUUUGAUGGUUAACAAAUUAAUUUCAUUGUGUGUGCCUGUUUCAUCAUAAUUAAUUAAUUAUUGAAUUGAAGGAAGCCACCCAUGAAUAAUAUUAUUGAUAUAAAUAUCAAUCAAUACCAGGCCAUAGCUCUGUGGCAGAAUGUCUGCUUUGAGUGCAGAAAUGAACUAGGAGCCAGAGAUUUUCUCCUUUGCAUGGCCUGUUGGGUGCAGAAAUUAUUUAACUGCUGCAUUUUAUUUAUAUUACUUUUCAAAACAAGGGUGUACUUUCAUAUAUAUAUAUUCUGCUUUUUAUUUCAUUACUAAUAUUUUUAUGAAUUGUUAAGCCACCUUUAAUGCCAUUUAUGGCAGAAAGAUAGCAAGCAAUCUGGAAAAUAAUAAUUUUGACCAGACAUUUCUUAUAGUCACUGCCCUCCUGUCCUAUCUUUAUCAGGGCUUUCUAUUUCCACCUACCAAAAAACAUCUACUGGCACAAUCUACCAGGAAGUUUUUUUAUAUGGACCCCAUUAAAAUGAACUGGACUGAAAUAAAUAGCACAAGAAGGCUAUCGUGGAUUGUGCUCUUUUUUUGUCCAUUAUAUUGAAUACUCAUUGUUGCAAUCACAUAUGCUUAAUUUAGGGUCCAGUAUCAUUUGUAAAUUUAGCCUUAGUUGUAAAUACACUAUCAUUAUCGGAUGCCUCAAAAAUUAAAAAAAAAAAACAGUUUAGGAAUUGCAGUAAUUGUUGGUGCAUUUAAAUAAGUCAAGAGUGUGCAGAGUUUGCAAAGCCAUGCUGUAUGGGAACAACAAGGCAGAAGAAGUAGUUAAGGUCUGUAGUAGUAGAGGGCUGAUGUGGACACAGUUUUAGAAUUGUAGGAGCUUUCUAGGGGUGGGGAACUAUUCCUGAGUUUUUGUGUUUAAAAGCUUGACAUUUUAUUCAAUAUUUCUAAAUGCUGUCCUUCUUUUUAAUUCCUAGUGCAGAGAAAACCAGAACCUAAAUUAGAUGAGGCUUUUAAGAAAAUUCAAGUAACAGGAUUACAUUUGUCACCAUCCAAAGUCAUUGGAAGGUAGAUAUUUUAUUUGUUUAAUUCAAUCAUAAACUUGCUGCAGUACUUGUGGGCGGAAGCUAAAUGCAAGAUCAUAUAAAAUAUGCUUUUCCUCAUUCCCUAGUGAACAGUGUUGGGUGAGGGGAGGUCAUGGGAAAUUUCCCUUCCAUUAAUAUCUGUAAAUUAACGUAUUAGAAUCCAGGCCCAAUUUUGGGUGAGCCUUCCUUCAUUCAGCAACUGCCACAUCAAAUCCCAUGUUGUCCAAGGUCCCCACAACUCUCCUAAGAAGCUUUUCAGAGGUGCAGGUAGCUGCAGGAAGGGGCAGAAAACUUGCUUUCUAUGAAGAGGACACAUAUUGCCCCCAGAAAGCAAAGUAAGAACUUAAUGGAGUAUAUAGAAUGCAGCUAAAUGCAACACCAGCAGAAUCAGUUCAUUCCUAGUUUGGGGCAAAUUUUUACUGAAAUAUGUUUUUCACAAGUACCUUCUAUAGUACCUUGUAGCUACUAAAUUAAUUUUAGUGUGCAGAAUGUUUCACUUUAGAUGUAAUUUUUUAUUGUGAAACUUUUUGUGAAAGUAGUAAAAAUGUAGCUGGAAGUGACUAUAAUGUUUCUUCUCUGCAAGAGCUGCUGACACAACUUCCUCAGCUACUAGAAAUGAUCCCUUUUCCUGGAAACAGAGCUCAGUGAAAGCUGGCUGUGAUAGGAUAAUGCAGGAAAACAGUGGUUCAAACCAGGACAAUUCUCAGCUUCUCUUCCAACAAAAUCUGAAUGAAAUGCAGCAGCAACUACAAGAACAACAUUUCAGCAACCUUCAGGUAUGAUGUCCUGGCAGUUAUUUACAUCCUCUUAAAGGUGCAAUUCAUAAACCAUCUAAAUAGGAGUACCUAACGUAGCAACUUUUUAGACCCAUUGCACCUGGUUCAGUGCCAGUUUAAGGAUCUAGAAGCCCAGGACUUCUAUCACCUUGAAAGGUAAAACAGCAUGAUAACCCCCCACACAAGUAGAACUUUACAUGAAAAGACAUUAAGGUGUUAAAAGAGUCUUCCUUAUCCUAGGCAUGUCACCCCUGUGAAGGUGCACAUCACUGCUGAGCCAGGUGUGUUGCAGUAUCCUCAGUUGAAGUUGCUGUUGCAGUUGCUCUAUCAGUCAAAGAGCAUCAAAAUCUAUUCACUGCUUAUGUUUAGGUUUCUUUCAAGCAACUGUAUUCAGUUUGGUCUGCUGCUUGAAUUGCAAAGCAAUACUAUAAACAACCUAUUUUUCUUUUGCAUCGUUAAAUUGCCACUAGGGGCCGCUGGGGGUUUUCUGGCAAAGCAGAUACAAUUUCCCAACUGUUGAAGAUAAUUAGCAGAAAGGGGAGUUGCUUAUACAGUCAAACCUCAAUCGUCGAACAUAAUCCAUUCAGAAAGCCCGUUUGGCUUCCGAAAUGUCUGACGACCGAGGCGCGGCUUCCAGUUGGUUGCAGGAGCUUCCUGCACUCAAGUGGAAGCCGCGUUGGACGUUCAACUUCCAAAAAACGUUUGAAAACUGGAGCAUUUACUUCUGGGUUUUUGGCAUUUGGGAGCUGAAACAUUCCAAAACAGAGGCGUUCGGGAGCCGAGGUUUGACUGUAAAUAUGUAAGAGUUUAAACAUACAGACAAAUAAAUGCUACAGAGUAACUACUGACAUUGUUUCACUGUGGUGCUUUGCUUUGAAACUCACGUUUAAUAAGCAAGGGUGAGUGGAAAGCAAUAGUUGAAUAGGCUGCUGUAGUCAGUCAAAAUCAUUGCAAUCGACUGUACACCAUAUCUGUAUACAUUGUGGUCAUUUGAAGUCUCACUUUGCGGUUUUACAAGUGUGGUAGGAUUACAAAGAUUCCUAAAAUCCCCCCUUUUAGGGCAUAUAAAAAGGACACUAUGUCAGUAUGAAUAUUGUUUCCUAUUAAUAUAUCCCUUUAAAAUCAAACAAAAUUUCAGUUCUAAACCUAAUUCAUUUCUAAACCAGAAUAUUGCUGUAAUAUAGUCACCACAGGGUUUAUAUGUACUUUUUUGUGAUUUUUGAGUUAUAGCGCCUGCUUUCAAAUAAAAUUCAAGGGCCUGCAAUAAAAAUUACUGGGCUGAUAUCCAGUAAUAUUUUUUAUCCCAAAGAAACAAGCUUCACUGGUUCUUAAUUAUAAGCAAGGAAGAGAUAAGGUAAACUAUUUUUAUAAGACUUAAGCUGAAAACAAUGAAGCAAAAUCAUCAUUAGUUUGGAUGCUAUUGUGGUUUCCAACUAUCUGAUAAAAAAAAUUAACACAUUUCUAUACCUCCCUUCAUUUCUCAAAGUGGUUCACAACAAAUUUUAAAAUACCUUUAAAAUACCUUAAAGCAGCAAAUGCAGCAGCAUACAGAAACCAGGGCAAAUACAACAAGAUGGUAUUAAUGGCUAGCAAAAGCCUGGAAAAACAAGUGAGCUUUUAACAAGCACACAUUAGCACUGGUGCUUAACUAAUUUUAUUCCUGCCAGGUUGUGUAUCCCAGGGGCUUUCAUAGGUAAUUUCUGUCUAAACUUGCAGCACCAGACAUUUGAAAAAACAUUCAGCUAAAUAGACUGAAAUUAGAGCUAGAAAAAUCUCUGGCAUGUGGCUGCCUAUAAAUUCGAUAUACAACUGAAAUGAGUUCAUCCCUGUGCAGAAGUGGCACCCAAAAUGUGCGGUGUAUGAGAACUUGCAAUAUUUUUCUAGCACUGAAAAUCAGUGACCAAUUAAGAGGUCCAAUUAAGAAUACUGGCUGUUUGUGACAUUUUUAGAACACUUCAUCCUGUGUGCAUAAUGAUAUUCUUACUUGCAGAGAUGACUUGAAAAAAGAUCUUUGAAAUUUAUCCUUGAAAAAUUCUACAGUUUUCUAUCAAAUUAUUCCCAACUUUUUCCUUUUUGAUUUGGUAGAGUGUCCACAAGGACAUAUCAAUGUUUAUUUGAAAUUCAAACCUGAAAAUCUUACUACUUUUCACACACAAAAACAUAAGGACCUCCCUGAUUUCCCUAAUUUUCUCUUAAACUUUACCAGGAAGAUGUGUCUUAGUGAUAUUUAUAAGCUGUUUGCUUUUCUGUCUUAGGAUUUUCAUCAAGAAGUGAAUGAAAUAGCCCAUACAGAAAGUGUUUGCAGUGUGGACAGUCUUGAGGCUGCAGAUCCAAAUGAAGGUUGCACAACACCCAGCGAAACAUCUUCUUUAUCUGCACAGUUGGAUUCCUCAGUACACAAUUCAGAGGAAUUACAGACUAGAAAUAAAAGUUUCUCUGAUGAAACUGACAUGACUUUUUCUAAAAAUCAGCAUGUAAAUAAUUGGCUUACAAAUUUAAAUACCUCAAAUUUCCAGACAACCUCCCCCUUUCGUGAUAUUUUAAUAAAAUACAAUGUCAUACCUUCUGACGAGGACACAUGCAGUCCUGAUCAGAAAUCAUUUGUUCAAAGUAGUUCUGAACAAAGAGAGACUGCAAGAGAUGCUUCUGAUGAGAAUCUAACCUUUGCACAAAAUGAAAGAGAAGAGAAAAGUUUUCUGUCAAAACGUCUGUCUUCAGGCACAGAGGGUCCUGUAGCUACUGACAGCCCGGUACACGAAAUAAACAAAGCUUGGGCUGUCCCUGAUCCUUCAGUUGUUUCACUACAAGAGAGAAAUUCUCAGCUUCCCCAGAACAGAACCUCAUCAGCACAUGUCUCCUGUCAACAAACAGCAACCCCUGCGGUCUUUCCUACUGCCCCUUACAAUAACAGCUUCUCAGUUAAUUGCAUGGAGAAGGGAAAUGAUCAUUCAGCAAGAUGUACUGAAGAUAUAGACUGUGUGGCAAAUGCUAAACAUGAAAAGGUUGUAGCAUCUUUGUUUGAAGAGAUGUGUAAAGGCUGUAUAAAUCAACAGAAUGCUAAUGGAGAUAAUGAAAUGACUAAAAAUAGUUUAUCUAUGUCUCAUGAAGAUUCCACUGCUAAUUUAUCUGAUCUUGACCAACAAGGGAACAACUCCAAUGAAGAAAAAGUAGUGAAAUUUCCAAAAAGCAUAUUGAAAAAAGAAUCUAAGUAUGAACUUAGCAAUUUCAAGGCAGUGGUUGUCAACAGGGGGGUCAGAUUUGGGACUCAGCCUGUGAUUCCUAGAGACAGUGUUGAAUUGGCAAAAAUGAAAGGGAAAGAUGCAGAGCAAAAGAACUGUAAAAAACUUAGGUGGUUUGAUGAAAUUAACAGAGCAGUGGGUGAUGAAAAGCAUUCAGAACAAAAUAUCAUUGAAAUACCUCAUGCACAGCCCAGAUCACCUGGUUCUCAAAUUAGAGCUGCCACUUCUAGAACUAAUGUUAGAAGCAUUCCCGCUUGCACUCUCAAUUCUGUUUUUCCAGAAUAUCUCCAGGAGAAUUCUCAGGCAUCUGCAAAAAUUGCUACUGUUAAAGACUCAGAUAAUGGGAUGCAGAAUGCUUUUGUAUCUAAAGGAUAUCAUGUUGCUAGACAAGCAUGGAUGGCGCCAAGAGGUGAAGAAAUACCCCUAAUAUAUAAUUGUGAACUAAAAAAUCCCAAAAGCAAUCCAUGUAAAAGUAGAACGAAAUUGAUCAAAAGACCAAAAUCUGCCAAAGCCACAUCAACUUUCACAACUAAAAACCGAAAGGGCACCAUUAUCCGACCACAGUCUGCUAGCGAAGCCACAAAGGUUAUGAAAACUCAGGGCAAAAUCAUGGCACCUCACCCACCAAGUAAGCCCAUACCAGGCAAAAAAAUGGAUGAAAAUCCAGCAGACAGCGUGUGUCAGUCAGGAAAUAUUUGGAAAGCUCACACAGAUACUGAAAACAGUCAUUUCUUGCCUGAAGGUCAAGAUUUAUGUUCAGAUACUACAGAUUCUCCAUCUUCAGGUACUGCUUGCAAUUCACAGGUGGCCACUAUGCGACCUUCGUAUAGCAUAUUUACCUAUGAGCUGUUGAGGAAGAAAAAGGCUACUGGUCAAGCAGUUGCCCGGUGCAACAGCUUUCCAAAAGGAAACUGUGUGUACUCAGAAAAUGGAUUAUGUCGAGAUCGCACACCAACCGAUGAAGAAAUCACAGUUUUGUGGCAAGGAGUGCAUCGUGCACUGGCUCAAAAGGAUGGUGCUGCUGGUAAGAUUUAUGUGUUUUCACUGAAUUAGAAUGAUUUAUAAGAUUGUAUAUUUGAUAAAAUCAGAACUAAUAACAGGGCCCAUUCAGAGGGACUUUGAAAGACGUUUAAUUUCAGGCAUAUUGUGCCAAUCUCACAUUAUCGUCAGAAAUAACAAAAGGGCAGGAGUGUACUGAAAGAGAAAGACCAGACUGGACAUACUUCCUUUCAAAACCAAGACAAAAAUUGUUUCUAACAAGUAGUAUUCUGCCCAUUACUGGUUUUAGUCAGUCCCUGACCAUGACAUUUACAAAUAGGUGUGACUAGCUCAGCCCUGAUGAAUGUGGAUAAAACCACAGUGGAUAAAACCACGGUGCCUUUUCUGACUGGAGGAUAAAAGCUCCUUUAGAAUUUUUAGUAGAGCUGAAUCAAGCCAUCUCCGAUGCAUUUUCAUAUAUAAACAAGCCCAGCUCUGGGUUUGGAGGAGCCAUGAGCAGGCUGCCCUCACCCAACCCAGCACCUCCCACUGUUUGGGCUCCCUGAUGUUAACAAUACUUCAGCCACCUCCUUCCCCCUCACAAGCAGGCUUAUUUGGCAGUGGGCCUGCAGCCAAGUAGGUUAUCUCUGCUCGACACCUGGUGGCUGCCAUAUUUAUCUCCCACAGUGUUGCUGACCUUGACUUGCCAAAUGGAAGGAAGUAGCCAUUUCCUCCCAGUACUUUUUAGCGCCAACAUCACCAGAUUAGCCCACUUGCAAGGGGAAGGAGAGGCUGACAACUACAGGAGUUCUCAGUGGCAGCAGGUACUAGAGGCAGUCCAGGCAGGAUCAGUGGCGGAGCUUCAUGCUCCGGCACCGGGGGAGGGCAGAGAGCAGGCAGGGCGGGGCUGGCGCGUGUCCUGGGUGGGGUGCGCCUCCCGCAGGGGCAUGGCACCCAGCACGGGUGGGGGGGCAGCUGCAAUGGCACCCCACCAGGAUCGCUCUGCCAGGGCUGUGCACUCCCCCCCGCUCCCCUCUUCCUCCGCCAGUGGGCAGGAUAUCAGCCCUGGUAACGCAAGCAGAUUUCCCAGUAUGUUGUAAAUCUCAGCUCAUCUGUAAUUUCAAGGUUGGAUUACUGCAAUGAACUCUUUGUGGGGAUGUUGAGGGUGGUCCCGAGGCUCCAGCUAGCACGCAACAUGAUGCCUAGGUUGCUUAUGGGAGCAAACUGCCACCAGCAUAUAACACAUUGCCUGUGGGAUCUGCACAGGCUACCAGUCUGCUACAGAGCCAAGUUCAAGGUUUUGGUAUGAACUUACUGUACAGUGGUACCUUGGUUUGCAACCAUUUUGGAUUACAACCACGGCAAACCCGGGUGUGUCCCUUUUUUGGAGAUUACAAACCCCCCCCCUUUUAUUGGGGGGGAGGCCCCAUUGGUGAAAGCACACCUUGGGUUACAACCUGUUUUGUUUUACAACCGGACCUCCGGAACGGAUUAUUGUUGUAAACCAAGGUACCACUGUAUAAGGCCCUAUGCAGCUUAGGACUAGGUUACUUGAGAGACUGCCUUACUUACUACAUACCUAGUAGCCACUGCAUUUUGCAGGAGGAUCUCUCCCUGAAGUUCCUAAAAUAUCAGAAUCCCACUACACAGUAAUUUGAAGCAGGUGUAGCUGUCACUGUUAAGUGAAAAGCAUCCCUAUUGAGAUACAACAGGUGCCCACUAUCUGGAGUUUCCAGAAACAACUGAAUAUGCUUUUGCUUCACUUUGCCUUUCCAGCUGGAUGGCGGGGGGGACAUGUCUCUGCCUUGUGUGUUGUAUUGUAUUGUAUUUAAAUUUAUUUUUACUUGUUUCACUUGUUUUAUUUUAUAUUUGUACAUUGCCUGUAAAUUUAUCUGAAAGGUGAUUUAUUAAUUCAACAACAAUAAUAAUAUUAGUAGCUGUUAUCUGAUAUAACAGUUUGCUACUAAUGAAAUGAAAGUUCAUUUUUGUUAAUGACUGAAUCCUUUGGCUGUAAUCUAACAGAGUCCUGGACAGUGUGCUUAAACCUGUGGUGCUUCAGUGAUGAAGGGAGAUUGGACGCGCCUUGAGUGAAUGUUUAACUUACACAUUCAUACAUUGAUUUGGUCUAAUCAUCUGCUGGUAAAUUAGGUCUUGCUGCAACUUCACCCCACAUGCCUUAAAGCAAUUGGGUGAAAUAAUACAGUUGGUUGUAAAACACACACACAUUCCUGACUAAUUUCUGAACUGCUGAGUGAAGUUAGCCUGACAAUAUAAUUUUUAAAUCUUCUUGUGUGUUUUUCUUUUCUUUCAGGAGAUUCACAACAUGGUGUUACACUCUGUAAUAAUUCAAAUAAUGGUGACUUGCAACCCACUAGACCUAAUGUGACUCACAUCACAAUUGAUGGUGGCAAUCUGAUGGGCAGUAUUAAAUCAGGUGUCAGAGUGAAUCCAAUAUUUGCUUCUCCACCAAGCAGUAAGGUUCCUCCUUUAUCAAAUUUUGUUGGGGGGGGGAGAGAAAACGAGAAUAUAUAUAGGCCAAAUUUAAUGAAUCUUGAAUAAUAAAGCUUAUACAGUAAUAUAUGUAUAGUUAAGGAAUAUCUUUAAUCAAUGAGCCAUGUGUGAAGUUUGGAUUGAGUCUGUACCCUAGUUUCAAUUCUGCAUUUUCCGCACUGGCAACUUUUUGAGAGUAAAUACAGUCAUACCUCAUGUUACGUCCACUUCAUGUAACGUUCUUUCAGGUUACGUCCCGCGGCAACUUGGAAGUACUGGAAAGGGUUACUUCCGGGUUUCGCUGCAUGCGCAGAAGCACAAAAUGAUGUCAUGCGCAGACGUGGCGAAUCGCAACCCGCGCAUGUGCAGACACACCGCUGCAGGUUGCUUUCUUUUCAUGUUGCGAACGGGCCUCCGGAACAGAUCCCGUUCGCAACCAGAGGUACCACUGUAAUGUAGAAGGGUACCUGGGAUAGGCAUGUAUGGUUGUGGAACUUUCCUAAGUACUGAGAGUUCAUAUUGAUAAAUUAGAGUAUGCUGGUAUAUUCUGAAGUGGUUUCUUCUAUAGCUCACAUGCUAAUCGAGGGCUUUAUUCAUGAAAAUUCUUCUGCACUUGUCUUUUCCAAACAUUCCUUUACAGUACUAUCAGCACUAGUAUAAUUUUUAGUAUUUUUACCACAAGAGGAAAAUUAGAGAAUUUGAAAAUAAGCUAAAUUAACAAAUAUAUCUGUUAUGUUUCCAAGGGGUUGCUCGGGAGGAAGCAGGCAAAUAUCUCCCUACUUGGCUGUAAAGAUUGGCUUAGCUACCAAAAUAAACUUUAUCAGUCCGGAGCACCACUCUCCCGUGGCUGACUCAAUCGCUGGCAGAAUCCGUGAGUGGGCGGUUCUUAAACUUCUUCCAACAAAGCAGCUCCUUGAUGCCCAGUUGGCGCCUCCCCUCUCUGCGUGAAUGCUUUCUGCGCAAAGAGGGCGUGGGCAGCGGAGGACCCCUUCCCUCCCCGCUUCUCCCAGGCAAGGAGUCCUGGGACCGCCUCGCCACUUCCGACUCCUGCACCUCCUCUCCACUGGAGCCGCGUUUAUUCUCUUGCGUUGAAGAGGAGCUACUUCCCACGAUCCCUGGAGGCUCUCUAUAAUCCAUCUGGCUUUUGCUCUCUCCAUCCUGCACUGAUGGCAGUUCCCUGACAAUAUCCUUACUUUUAACUUCAUUGAUUUGAAUUUGCUCCCAUCAAUAAACUAAAGCUCUAUUUAAUUAAUCUACCAAUUUGCAGCUCUAGUUAUAAACUAGCCCAAAUGUUGACCCAUAGCUAAGUGGUAGAGCACAUUCUUGCCUGCAAAAGAUUCCAGGUUCAGUCCCCAUCAUCUCCUGCUAAAGGAAUCUCAGAUAGUUGGACUAGGAAAGCCCUCUGCUGGAAACCUAAGGCCCAAACUAGAUGCAAUGGUGGGAGAUCUAUAAAUGGAUUGUCGUUUUGUAAAGAGUAAAUAGAAGUGGUUUGGAAUAGAGCCAUGGUACAGGAGGAAGUUUUUGUUGUUUUCCUCACAAGGUUCCUCAAACAACACACACCCAGAAUUGUACAUUUGUUCCAUGAGGCGAAGCAUAUAUGUACCAUACAAGCAGGUUUGCCAUCUAUCUUGCUCAACAUUACUGAUAUAAUCCAAAAGUAAACUCAAGUUAACCAUAACUUUUUCUGCAUAUUUAUUUAUUUGCUACUAUGUUCUCCCUAUAUGUGUUCGAAGUGGCUUAUAAAUAACAUUGAAACUAGAAUUAUAAUUUAAGUAUAAAACAAUAUAACAAGGGUGUGUGUUUUGUGGUGCUUUUUUAUCCUUUUCAGCUACUUUUGCCAUGACAAGACGAAAACAAAGUAUUGAAAAUAAUGAAAAUAAACGCAAGGCUCUUUUAGAACAGAGGAGACAAAAGGCAGCCUCUGCAGUAUGGAAGCCCACUAGUGUCAUACAGGUAUAUCUGAUAAAUUUUUGACUGAAAAAUACCAAAAAUUGCUGUCCUAGGGAAAUGGAUUCUGUAUCGUGCAGUUAGAAAACUAAAGAAAAUUAAAAUGUUCCUUCCAGUAGAAAAUAGAUUCUACAGUUAUCUCUAGACCUCUUGCUUCCACUUCUCUGAUAAGGCAGAAUGUAGAGAGAAGGUAUUUUGUACGUUAUAAAGGAAACUCUCUGGUGGAGUCAUUUCACAAAUAACUGUUCAGGUUUACUAUAUCCUAAAUAUACUUGCAUAUGUAACCUGUUCAUGGGUUAUCACAGAGCACUAUGUGGGAAUUGCAGUCUAUUAAAUUUUUCUGCUGUAGUUCAGUAUCACCACUAUCACAGGUUAAUGUCCUCCAUAAUACAGCAGCAUAUGUUAUAGAUCUGUGUGUGUGUGUGUUUUAAGGCUUUUUCAUUAUUUGAUUUUCAUUUCAGAGUAACGUUAGCACUUCUGGACCAUGAAAUGCCAGGAUUUAUUUUUUCAAGCAGUUUGAUAAUAAAAUUCUUUUUUUUUAUAGAAUACGACACAAGCUGUGAAGCGAGCACCACCUCAUUGUGCAAAUGAUAUAGUGCAAGCCAUGGGUGGCAUCAGUAAUUCUGAUGAAGGUAAUACAGCAUGUUUCAAUCUGACUGUUGCUAUGAAUUAUUAUUUUAAGGUUUUUAUUAUAAACCUAUUCAUUGCUAAGUAUCAUGUCCUUCCCAGUUAAGGAAUAUCUUUGAAUUUUGCAUAUAAAUUCCCAUUUGUAGCUUGUAACAAGAAGGUGUUGUACAUAAGUGGGGGGAAAAAGACACAGUCUUAACACACAAGAGGGUUCCGGGUAGUGAGAAAUGGUAAAAGGUUUAAGAGCAGUUGAAGAAAACCACAGAAAAAAGGCAAUUUUUAAAAAGAUCGGGUAUCUGUCACGUGUCCAUUUCUCACAGAAACAUUAUAGGAAAGUGAUGAUAGUCUUAUGUCAUUUACUUUCUGAAUCAAAAGUGGGGGAAAUAUUUGGAUGCACAGAAAAGGUGUAUAAAAAAGGUAAAGGACCCCUGACAGUUAAGUCCAGUCAUGAACGACUCUGGGGUUGCAACGCUCAUCUCGCUUUACUGGCUGAGGGAGCCAACAUUCAUCCGCAGACAGCUUUUCCGGGUCAUGUGGCCAGCAUGUGGCCAGCGAAACCAGAGCACAGAAACGCCGUUUACCUUCCCGCCGAAGCUGUACCUAUUGAUCUACUAUUUGAUGUGCUUUCGAACUGCUAGGUUGGCAGGAGCUGGGACCAAGCAACGGGAGCUCACCCCAUCAUGGGGAUUCGAACUGCCAACCUUCCAGUCAGCAAGCCCAAGAGGCUCAGUGGUUUAGACCACAGGGCGUCCUCAAACACAAUUCUAAUGUUGCUCGGAUAGGGUCAUGAUGCUCUGUGGGAACAAAUAUAAAUAAAAUUAUUUGUGAAAGAUGCACAAAUACAUGUUGUUAGUGAUGGAGAAAGGCUGUAAAAGGUGGAUAUUAAAACAAAUUGACCCCAGGAGCAAAUCCAGUUUUUUGUUUGUUUUCUUUCUAACCUUUUCUACAAUACACAUUUCUGUUAUUAGUUUCAGACAGUACUACACAGUUUAUGCUGGCAGAAAACUUAGCAAACACAUCAGCUACAGAAAGUGACAUCUUGAUUGAUUUGGACACAGUUCAACCAUACAAACAGACUACAGUGCUAAACAGACCUGCACGGCAAGGAAUGAGUGCAUUGUCAUUUGAAGAGCACAAAGUUCUUCAGUCACUCGACCGCAUUAAUCAAAAGCUACUUAGUAAGUAGUCAGCAGAUCAUGCUAUGAAAUUCACCAGGGUAGUCAACUCUAUCAAUGCAACUCUCUGCCUUUCUUCUUGGUAGUAGGUUCCACUGAGAUCAGUAGGUCUUCCAGUAAGUGCACAUAGGUUUGCAGUUUAAAUGUAAAUAAGCAAUACUGCCAGAAUAAUCAUUUCAGCUUCCAGCUGUGUUGUCUCCCAGUUUUCUAACAAAUAUACCAUGCAGUGGCAUAAUAAUUAUUUAGUUACAAGGUUAUGCGAUAGUGGAACUGCUGUUCCUAGAUGCUUUAUUUAGCUUACAGUACAGAAGAUGGGAAUGUGACAAGCUACCUUUCAUUUCCCUAGUCAAAUAGUUGCCCCCAUUUGCAGCCAUAUGGUAUGUAUGGAAGAAUCGCGUGGCAAGGCCGGUUUUUGCACAUAAGCACUUUAAAGCAGAUUGGAGCCUCUGUGAAGAUGGUAGAUAUAGGGGAGUUCUCUAGACAUGAGGACUCCCAUACAACUAUAAUUGGGGCAUUUGUUUGGUCAAGCAAAAGUCCAUUCUUUUCAAAGACAGAGAACAUCCAAAGUUGCUUCAAACCUUACAAAUUAUCCAAUAACAGGUAUGAUCUCAACAAUUUUCUAUCCUUCCUGCCUCUCUCUCAUGCUUUAGGACCAGAAUGUUUUGCUACUCACACUCUAUUUCAAACUCUGUUUUGAUUUAUGACAGAUCUGAGAUUAGGCAGGGGAUAUUGAUGGAAGGAGGAGAUAAGAAGUUCAGAAUCCUUUGUCACUUGCUUUUGAACCCACCCCUUUCACAGGACAAGCUACCUCAUUCCACAGGGUAGCCCAUCAAAUGAUGGCCGCCAGACUUAAUUCUGAAAGGGGUGCCUACCAAGUGGAAUUGGUGGAAGAGUGCCCCUGGCUACCGUGCCACCUUGUUCGUGGAUCCAAAAGUACUACAUGCCUGCAAACUGAAUAGCCCGAAAAAGCUGAGCUGAACGCUUGAGAACAUAAAAGAGCUUUGUACCAGAAGAGUUCAUAUCUCAUUUCCCACAGUGGCCAUUCAAGUGGCUUUUGGAAGCCCCCAAGCAGGGGUUAUUGCUGUGCAGCAACUAGCACUUAAUGCCCCACCACUUCUGAGGAUAGUUUCAUAUACCGCCAUGAAUUGUAGACAUUUAUAGACCUCCUCUCUACAAAUUUGAAAUUAAAAAAUAAAUAUGAAAUAAAAUUAGUGCUUCUGCAGCCCUGCAAAGGGAGCAAAAACUGUAGGUAACAUAGAGUCUGUAUUAUUUACAAUCUGAAGGGGGAAUAAAUUAUUGUACACCUUGUUUUUCCCCACCAUAAACUUGAAAUUUCUUAUUUUAUACCAUUUUAGAUGUCCAUGAGACCAUGAAAAAAAUCCCAUCCUCCACAAAUGUUUUACAGACUCUUUCCCCUUUGGUAAGCAUACCCAUUUGCUCUUCCAUUGUAAAAUGCAUAUGAACAGUAUGUUGUUUGUUUAUGAUAAAGAUGCAGCAGAGAUCAUCAUCCACUUGCACUCUUUCAAAGACAUAUGGUUGCCUGCUGUCUGAACCAAAAUUCUGGACUACAUGGAUUUUAAUCUGAUCUAGCAAGAUGUGUUCGUCUAAUAUCCUGUAAUAACUGUGUGCUAAUGCAUGUAACAGUGUCCUGGAUGCCUUUUUUUAAAAAGAAAAAGAAAAGAAACAAAGCUGCUUCAGGAUGGUAUGCGAGAAUUUAAGGCAGAGAAUAGACAGGAGAGAUUACUUAAUACUUUUCCCAUCUGCCAUUUCCCCAUUCCAAUUUCCCCCCAGCUUAGUGGCUCCUCUGCAAAGGAGGCAACUGGAGAUCCAUCUCAGACUUGCAAUAUGUGAACAGACCCAAACCUGGUCUCUGUACCUCAAGACUUGAGUCCCUGUAAAUCUUAGCAGAGUCUCAACCCAACUGCCUAUUUCUUUAGCUAUUAAUGAAACCCCAGAGAGUGAUGCUUGUCUCAGCCAACAUUCAACAUCCUCCAGUAGCACUUCAGCACCUCUAUCCUAGAACUAUUUGCUACCCCUCUGAAUGUAAAGUACUCCAUGCCAAGGUUCAUUUUGAACAGGGUGGAGGAAUUCGAUCCAGCCCACUUGCCCUAGAUGAAAGGCUUCCUUUAAUUAAGCCUUUCCUCUUGUCCCUCUCCAUUCAAGACUCUUGAGAAGGAUAAAUGGGGAAGAAGCCUCAGUCAUCCUCAUAGCCUCUCAAUGGAAUGGACUCCCUCGGGAGGUUGUGGACUCCCCUUCAUUGGAGGUUUUCAAGCAGAGGUUGGAUGGCCAUCUGUCAUGGAUGCGUCUCCACCCCCAUUAUUCAGCCCAGACACUGAGGUCCAGCUCUGAGGGCCUUCUGGUGGUUCCCUCAUUGCAAUAAGUGAAGCUACUGGGAACCAGGCAGAGGGCCUUCUCAGUAGUGGUGCCUGCCCUGUGGAACACCCUCCCAUCAGAUGUCAAGGAAAUAAACAACUAUCUGACUUUUAGAAGACAUCUGAAGGCAGCCCUGUUUAGGGAAGUUUUUAAUGUUUGAAGUUUUAUUCUGCUUUUAGCAUUCUGUUGGGAGCUGCCCUGAGUGGCUGGGGAAACAGCCAGAUGGGUGGGGUAUAAAAAAUAAAAUAAAAUAAUUAUUGUUGUUAUUACUAUUAUUAUUAUUAUUAUUAUUAUUAUUAUUACUAUUAUUACUACUACUAUUAUUAUUAUUAGAUGAGAUUCCUGCAUUACAGGAGGUUGGACUAGAUGACCCUCAAGAUCCCUUCCAGCUCUCCAGUUCUAUGAUUCAGUGGUCCAGAAGAUAGGUUGGCCACUUGUCAAAUCUCAAAGACCCACUAAGAGCCUAGUCCCUCAGUCUACCAGACAUUUUGUCUCUAGGUCUGUUGCACCCAGAUUCUGUUUGGCUACACUAACCCACUUGGUGACUGAAUAACUGGCUGUACUCAAACAAGGUGCCUGCUACAGUAUUUUCAUCCAGGAAACCUUAAUGUUGCUUCAGGUCUAUCUGUACUUGGGCUUGAAACCUAGUUCCCUAUGUCACCGGGUCUUGGCUCUGGUAUCCAGCAUCUCAAAAAAAGAGCAUACACUGCUUGGAACCUAUCCUUACCUCCAUCAGUUCCAGAGUGGAGCCACCAUCCUUAGCCUCUUCAACUGCAAGCUGCAAUUAUGAAGACCAUGAAGAUCACUGUUAAGGAUAAAUAACAGUCUUAGUGGUUCUUCUUUCAGUGGCUAUAAAAGGGUGAGGCAGUGAGAGCCUUGAGAACUCUACAUACCGUAGUUAUUCCAGAACAGAGAACCUGUGCCUCAUCAGCAAGCUAAGGUGGAGAUAAGGAUAGGUUCGCAGGAGCUAUCAAUGCUUUUUUAUAUGGUUAAGAGUCACUACACAGAGAUCUAACCUUCGUUCAGAAAGCAAACUCAGUCUCCUAUCCACCACAGCAAGAUAGUCUAUUAGGCUGAUUAAUAUCCUACAGUCUUUUAAAUAUGUCUGUAGGGAGAGGAGGUUGUUUUGUUGUUUUGUUUUGUUUUGAUUUGAUUUAAUUAUUUACUUGUGUUUUAUUUUGUAUUCUGUGAAGUGCCCUGAUAUCUUUUGAUGAAUGGUGGUAUAUAAUAAUAAUGUAUUGUCAGAACACUUUAAGCUGCUUGUGUUGUGUUUUCUCUUGGUCUUCCAGGUUGCAUCUCCCUCAUACAUGGACAUCAUCCCUACCAUGCAAAGAUACAAGAGCACAUCAGGUGACCCUCGAAACCUAACGCAGAGAAGAUACUGAUUUGGUCUAACAGAGGCUAUUGAACUGGGAUCUAUUUUAAUAUAUUCUCAGCUGCUAUCUUUGUAACAUAAUUAUUUGCAACAUGCCUUAAAUGCUAUUAAAAACAACUCAAACAAAAUAAAAGAUGUAACGCAAGUAUUGAUUGCUUGUUACCUAGUUUACCUUUAGGGCAAAAUAUAAUUUUUUUUAUAUGCACUUUAUUGUAAAAUAUAUUGUAUUUUUUUUAAAAGAAUGGAAUACCUCACUUUUAAAUGAGUGCUGUUGUUUAUAAAUUUACUGUACAUUUUUAAUUAAAAAGAAAAAAUUAUUUUGCUAUUGAUUAAAAAUUAUGUAUAAGUUCAUCUCCCAACUUUAUUGCUUUCAUUAACUGCUAAUAAAUUUCUACUACAUUUGU